UGUCGUGUACUUAAGCUUUUCUUCUUCUCUGUAAACGAGUAUCAAAAAGAUCAAUCAAAAUCAACAAUCAUCUUCUUCUGAUUUCUCACCUCUUUCUUCUACUUCUCAUCAUAAUUCUGUUAGUUCUUUGAUAAGCCCAUUUCGUGCCUAUCAGACGACAACUAAACCCUACACGCUUACAUAAAAACGCGACCUUUGAGAAUUUUGUCCGGCGACAGAAAUGGCGGGGUUAGGGUUACGGCUAAAGGCGGCAAAAUGGACGUUGAGGAGCGGAUCAGGUGCUGUAUCGAGAGAAUGGUCGUCGGAGAUGGGGAAAGGUGUUCGUCGAUUCUCUACUGAAACAGAGAACGAUGUUCCAACUUCAGGAAUCAGUAGACCACUCGCUGAGAUUCUCAAGGAGCUUAACAAAAAGGUUCCAGAUUCAGUCAUCCGAACUCGAGUUGAAGAUGGGUGCUCCAUCAAAUACAUCCCUUGGCACAUUGUGAAUCGGAUCAUGAAUAUGCAUGCUCCAGAAUGGUCAGGAGAAGUUCGAAGUGUCACUUACUCUCCUGAUGGCAACACUGUUACUGUGGCUUAUCGUGUGACUCUCUACGGCACUGAUGCUGAGGUCUUUCCCUUCCUCUUGUUUCAGUGUUAUGGUUUGAUUUGGUUAGCCUUUAGCUCAAGUCGUCUCCUGGUAGAGUUCUUUGCCUUCUUGCCUCAGAAGCUGCAAAUAUAGAAACCUAGUUGUUUUCUUUUGGGUUGUGUCCAUUUUGAAUUGUAUGAUGAAACCCGUCAAGGAAUACAGCUUAGAGAGUGUAUGUUUAUCAACUCUGGAGAAACACCAACUCUGGGUUAUAGAUUCUGUUAUCAGUACUUACAAACCUUAGAGAUGAUAUCACUUGUGAAUAGGGAGGUUUGACCUGUUUUCGUUAGUAAAUAUGCUAGUGGUUUGCUUCCUUGCAUACUUUCUUGAGCAUAUUAUGUUUUCAUUGUUUUGCUUGUAACUUGUACGCUGAAAUCAUUUGCUAAUAAUCAUUUUUUUGGUGUUGUCAAGAUAUUUAGGGAAUCAACAGGUACCACAUCUGUAGAUGACAAAGGCUAUGGUGAUGCUGUGCAAAAGGCGGAAGCAAUGGCAUUUCGCCGUGCGUGUGCAAGAUUUGGAUUAGGGCUUCAUCUUUAUCACGAGGAUGCUUUGUAAAGGGUAAUCUUUCUUUAACCAUGGGAAAGUAUAUUAUUUUGGUGUUCCCACUGCCUAGUAGUAGUAGUCUUUGAAGGUAAAACUCAGGGAAGCUUAAGUUUUUGGUAUCUUAGAUAUGUAUCAGCUGAUAUUGAUCGCUU